AUGUUACUUCGAACGUGGGAAUCGGUAGAUAGAAUUGUAAGAAAGGAUGUAAUAAAGUCUGGCCAGUAUUCUAAAAAACCAAGCGAAUCUGCCAAAUGUGAAGUCAUUGUUGAGAACAUAUAUGUUGUCAACGCGUCUGUAGAGGAUUUGAAAGAAAAAUUUAAUUCGGAAAUUUUAAACAAUGUAGGUGAAAAAACAGUAAUUAUAGGUGAAGCAAAUUGCGAAAUAGAUCGUCAAAUUGAGCGAGUAAUUGAAAUGAUGAUGGUGCUUGAAAAGAGCUUAAUUACAUUAAAUAUAUUGUUAGAAGGUAUUGAUAUGUGUUUAAUUAUUAAGUUUGAAAUAACUUUAACUGAAAUGCAACCAUAUAAGCCAAUUUGGGAAUGGACACCCGAGGAAAAAUAUUUAUUAGCUUUAAAGUAUAAGGAAACAGCUGUACAGUUAUUUAAAGAAAACAGAUGUGUAGAUGCAUUUCACAGAUUUAGUAAAGCUUGUAAAAUUCUCAUCACAUUAGAACCAAUAUCUGAUCUAGAAUUAGAUGCAAAAUUACAAAGUAACAUUGAUAACUUGAGACUUGUAUUAUACAACAAUAUGGCUGGAUGUCAAUUGAGCCGUAAAAAUUAUGAACACACAAUUUCUCUAUGUAGUAAAAUUCUAAAUAAGGAAAGUAAUAAUGUCAAAGCAUUAUAUAGAAGAGGAGUAGCACAUGGAAAUUUGAAAGAUUUGGAAAAGGCUGUCAUGGAUUUAAAAAGUGCUGUUAAUUUAGAGCCACAUAAUCAAAUGAUAAAAGAACAAUACUUUAUGUAUAAUACAAAAUUACAAGAAGCAAAUAAAAAAUUUGAAGAUAUGGUAAAGAGGAUGUUUAAAACCUAA